GGUCCCUCAUCCCAUGUGCGCGCGCUCUCUCUCUCUAGCAGUUGCAAUUGCAUCGAUCCGCCCCACCUCCCACUCUCUUCUCCAACGCCCAAAUCUCUCUCUCUCUCUCUCUCUCUUCAGAAUCCAAUGCUAAUUUGUUUCACUCAAAAGACUCUGCAAAUUCUGUAAAAACAAGAAACUAAAAACUCCUUUCUAUUGUGCUUUUUCUUGAUAUAUAAAGCUUGUUUGGACGAUGAAGCAUCCCAUUUUUGGUAUAAAGCUUCAAGCUUUUUCACUAUUUCUUGGGUUUAUGUGUUCAGCAAUUCUGUUUGUUGAGUCUCAAACAAGCCCAGAUGACGCUUCAUCCAUGCUGGCUCUCAAGAAGAGCCUCAUUUUACCGGAAAAUCUCGGGUGGUCGGACCCGGAUCCGUGCAAGUGGAAACAUGUGGUUUGCGGGGAGAAACGUGUUACCCGGAUCCAAAUCGGGCACCAGAAUGUUGAAGGUACACUCCCUCAAGAACUCUCAUCUCUCACUCAGCUUGAGCGAUUAGAACUUCAAUGGAACAAUAUUUCUGGACCUUUACCAAGCUUGAAGGGGUUUAAUUCACUGCAAGUGUUGAUGCUCAGUAACAACCAGUUUAGUUCCAUUCCUGCUGAUUUUUUUACUGGCAUGUCUUCUUUGAUAUCUGUUGAGAUUGAUAAUAAUCCAUUUUCUGCCUGGGAAAUCCCGGAAAGCCUUAAAAAUGCUUCAGCACUUCAGAAUUUUUCUGCUAAUUCUGCAAAUAUUACUGGAAAAAUUCCAGCAUUUUUAGGAGGUGAUGAGUUUCCUAGUUUAACAAACUUGCAUUUGGCUCUCAAUAACUUGGAAGGGGAGCUGCCAUCAAGUUUUUCAGGGUCCCAGAUUGAGUCUCUGUGGUUAAAUGGGCAGAAACUUGGUGGAGAGAUUGGUGUUAUACAAAAUAUGACUUAUUUGAAGGAGGUUUGGCUUCAUGGAAAUGGAUUUUCUGGUCCAUUGCCUGAUUUUUCGGGCUUGAAGAAUUUGAAGAGCUUGAGUUUGAGGGACAAUUCACUUACAGGGCCUGUUCCCCUGUCUUUGGUAAAUCUUGAUUCUUUAAAGGUCGUUAAUUUGACUAAUAAUUUGUUGCAAGGGCCAAUGCCAAAGUUUAAACACUCAGUUUCUGUGGAUAUGGUAAAGGAUACCAAUCGUUUUUGCUUGCCACAACCUGGGAAUUGUGAGUUUAGAGUGAAUACUUUACUAUCGAUAGCAAGAUCAAUGGAUUAUCCUAGAAAAUUUUCUGAGAAUUGGAAAGGAAAUGAUCCGUGUACCGAUUGGUUUGGGAUUACUUGCAACAGUAGGAACAUAACCAUUGUUAACUUUCAGAAUAUGGGGCUUACAGGUACAAUUUCUCCUGAUUUUGCUUUGCUCAAGUCGGUGCAGAGAUUGAUUCUUGCUGAUAAUAAUCUUACUGGAACCAUCCCGAAGGAGCUUGCCACUCUGCCUGGACUUACCGAACUAGAUGUAUCAAACAACCAGCUUCAUGGGAAAUUGCCGGCUUUUAGAAGUAACAUCAAUGUAAAGACAAAUGGGAAUCCUGACAUCGGGAAGGAUAAGAGUGAUUCAAGUUCUCCUGGUAUGACCUCACCCAAUACACCCAAUUCUGGUUCUGAAAGUGAGGGUGGUUCACAAAAGGAUCAGAAGAAAUCUCGAAAUUGGAUUGGAGUGGUUGUAUUUUCUGUAAUUGGGGGUAUCUUUGUGCUUUGUUUGAUUGGAGUGGCAGCAUUCUGUCUGUACAAGAGCAAACAGAAGCGUUUUAGCAGAGUUCAGAGUCCAAAUGCUAUGGUAGUUCACCCUCGUCAUUCUGGAUCAGACAACGAUUGUGUGAAGAUAACAGUUGCAGGAUCGAGCAUCAGUGUUGGUGCUGUUAGUGAAACUCCUACUGUAUCAACCAGUGAAAACAGCAACAUUCAAAUGGUUGAAGCAUCGAACAUGGUGAUCUCCAUUCAAGUACUGAAAAACGUUACCAACAAUUUCAGUGAAGAGAAUAUACUAGGUCAAGGGGGCUUCGGGACAGUUUACAAAGGAGAAUUGCAUGAUGGAACAAAGAUUGCUGUAAAAAGAAUGGAAGGUGGAGUGAUAACCGGGAAGGGGCUAGCCGAGUUUAAAUCUGAGAUUGCUGUUUUGACCAAGGUCAGACAUCGGCAUCUUGUCGCACUUCUGGGAUACUGUCUUGAUGGAAACGAGAAGCUUCUUGUUUACGAAUACAUGCCUCAAGGGACGCUAAGUAGACAUCUUUUCAACUGGGCGGAUGAAGGGUUGCAGCCAUUGGAGUGGACAAAAAGAUUGACCAUUGCUUUAGAUGUCGCUAGGGGAGUAGAAUACCUCCAUGGUUUGGCCCAUCAAAGCUUCAUACACAGGGACCUAAAGCCAUCCAACAUUCUUCUUGGGGACGAUAUGAGGGCCAAGGUUGCAGAUUUUGGCCUUGUACGCCUUGCUCCAGAAGGGAAAGGCUCCAUUGAGACAAGAAUUGCUGGAACAUUUGGAUACCUGGCACCCGAAUAUGCUGUGACUGGAAGAGUGACUACGAAAGUGGAUGUUUUCAGUUUUGGAGUGAUCUUGAUGGAACUGAUCACUGGUAGAAAGGCACUCGAUGAGAACCUACCUGAGGAAAGCAUGCACCUUUUGACAUGGUUCCGGCGAAUGCACCUGAACAAGGAUUCAUUUGGUAAAGCCAUCGACCCUACAAUUGACCGAAAUGAGGAAACUUUAGCCAGCAUCAGCACUGUUGCUGAACUGGCAGGCCAUUGCUGCGCAAGGGAACCAUAUCAAAGGCCCGAUAUGGGUCAUGCUGUCAAUGUUCUUUCGUCUCUGGUAGAGCUCUGGAAACCAUCCGAUCAAUGUUCCGAGGACAUAUUUGGAAUUGAUCUCGAAAUGUCUUUGCCUCAAGCACUCAAGAAGUGGCAGCAAUUUGAAGGCAGCCAUGCAGACUCAUCAUCUUCAUCCUACUUACCGAGCUUGGACAAUACACAGACUAGCAUACCUACGAGGCCGUAUGGAUUUGCUGACUCAUUCACAUCAGCGGAUGGCAGGUGAAAAAAGAUGGUGGCAUGACCAUGUCAAUUAUAUAACUUAUUUUACUUGUUCAUUCGAUGUGGUUCUUCCUUACUGUAAUUUAAUUCUUGAUGUUUCAACUUUCUCCAUUUUUUCUUGGUUUUUUGUCUUCACUAUUUUUAGUAAUGUAGCUGGAUUUCUUAGCAUCUUUGUGAAGUUUUAGAAAUGGAAUGAAGGUUUCUCAGUUAUAAGUUUGUUU